AGCAGUCAAUUAAUUGACUUUUAUUCUCGUACACCAAUACAUUCCCCCACUUAAACCGUUCUCAUGUAGACACGAAUCCACUGGAUAAUUUCUGAAAUUCAAAAACCAAACGCCAAAAGCUUUUCAAAUGCCCGCCGUCGCUGUGUCCUCUCUCCCCCUAUAAAACGCCCCCUUUCAGAGCGUCUCUCACUCACUCUCUCUCUCUCUUUCUCUCUUUCUCUCUCUUCGUUCUCUGUUAUUCUCCAAUCGUGUGCGAUCACACAAAAAACAAGGCCAAUGGCGUACGUUAGCCAGCUUCCCUGUGACGGAGAUGGAGUCUGCAUGCUCUGCAAGACGAAGCCACCGGUGGAGGAGACGCUCAUGUGCAAGACCUGUGACACUCCGUGGCACACGACCUGCCUUUCUUCCCCGCUGGAAACCUCAUUGUCGAAUCUGGAAUGGGAGUGCCCCGACUGUUCAUCCCUCGCCGGCGACGACGACCUUCCGGUGAAAUCCGCCGGCGCCGUUGUCUCCCAUGCGCUGGUGGCGGCGAUUCGGGCGAUUGAGUCCGAUGGAACGCUGACUGAGCUGGAAAAGGCGCGGAAGAGGCAGGAGCUCUUGAGCGGGAAGGCUAAGUCGGAGGAGGAGGAGAAGAAGAAGAAAGAAGCGGAUUCGAAGGGGACGGAUGUUUUGGAUGUGCUUGGUGAUAGCUUCAAUUGCUCCUUCUGUCUGCAGCUACCUGAAAGACCUGUCACGACUCCUUGUGGCCACAAUUUCUGCCUAAAAUGUUUCGAAAGAUGGAUUAAGCAAGGGAAGCGUACUUGUGUCAAAUGUCGCAGUAACAUUCCUCCCAAAAUGGCGAGUCAGCCCCGCAUCAACUCUGCACUUGUAGUUGCCAUCCGUAUGGCAAAGAUGUCAAAGUUAAAUAUUACUGAAGGGCCUGUGAAGGUUUACCAUUUUGUGCACAACGAAAAUAGGCCCGACAAAGCCUUUACUACGGAGAGGGCACAAAAGAGUGGAAAGGCUAACGCUGCAAGUGGGAAGAUUUUUGUCACCACCCCACCUGAUCAUUUUGGACCAAUUCCAGCAGCAAAUGAUCCUAUAAGAAAUCAAGGUGUGCUGGUUGGUGAAUGCUGGGAGGAUAGGCUAGAAUGUCGGCAGUGGGGUGUGCACCUUCCACAUGUUUCUGGUAUUGCAGGACAGUCCAAACAUGGUGCACAGUCAGUUACCCUUUCAGGAGGAUACAUAGAUGAUGAAGAUCAUGGAGAGUGGUUCUUAUACACAGGAAGUGGUGGUAGAGAUCUCAGUGGAAAUAAGCGGACUAACAAGGAUCAGUCAUUUGACCAGAAGUUUGAGAGUUAUAACAGAUCUCUGCUAGUUAGUUGCAUGAAAGGCUAUCCUGUGCGAGUAGUAAGGUCGCAUAAAGAGAAACGCUCUUCAUAUGCUCCUGAGAAAGGACUUCGGUAUGAUGGAGUUUAUAGAAUUGAAAAAUGUUGGAGGAAGGUUGGAGUACAAGGUUUCAGGGUUUGCCGAUAUCUUUUUGUUAGAUGUGACAAUGAACCUGCUCCAUGGACAAGUGAUGAACAUGGGGAUCGGCCUAGACCUUUACCUGCUAUUCCAGAGCUGAAGAAGGCAACCGAUCUAUCAGAGAGAAAAGAAGUCCCAUCUUGGGACUUUGAUGAAGAAGAUGGUUGUUGGAAGUGGAAAAAACCUCCACCCCCCAGCAAGAAAUCAGUUGCACGAAUGGAUGAUGCAAGUCAAAAGAAUUCAAGGAAGGCAGCAAGAAAAGCUCAAAAUAUGAGUGUGAGAGAGAGGCUCUUAAAAGAAUUCAGUUGCCUAAUCUGCCGUGAGGUGAUGAAUCUCCCUGUAACAACACCUUGUGCUCAUAACUUCUGUAAGUUGUGUUUAGAAGGAGCAUUUGCUGGGAAAAGUUUUGUGAGAGAAAGAAGCAGAGGUGGACGUGCUCUUCGGUCACAAAAAAUUGUGAUGAACUGUCCUUCUUGUCCAACUGACAUCUCUGAUUUUCUUCAUAAUCCUCAGGUUAAUCGGGAGUUGACGGAUGUGAUUGAGUCACUGAAAAGUAAGGCUGCUGAAGAGAAGGCCGAUGAAGAGAAGGCUUCUGAAGGGAAUGAGGAUCUAUCAAAAGAGUCAAGUCAAGAAGAGGAUGAAGAAGACGACAAUGAUGAUCUUGAAGAAGAGAUUAAAGAUGAGGAAAGUAUUGAUAUUUCAAAGAGCAAUGAAACUACUGAAGAAAUGUCUAAAGAGACAGGCAUUGAUGAUGUCGUGAAGAUUCCUGAAACCAAAUCCAAGCCUAUGAAGACUAACAAACGGAAGAAAGUUGAUGCUGGUGAUUGCCCUGUAGAGAAUGGAGGGGAUGGAAUGAAAACUGUGGGGAAGAAUAGUGAUGGUUCGAAUGCAGAUUCUGAAGUUAGCGCAGUUCCUCCUGAAUCUACUCGAGGGGCCAAUAAGAAGGCAGCUCCUGCUGCAAAACGCAUGAAGAAAGCCACUGGUGGUGGUCAAGGAGGUGUUGGAGUGAAGACCAGAAGGGGCAGGAAAGCACAGGUAACCUCCGAUGGAGAUGAUUCGCCGUUGAGUCCUCUGCUUGUGCAUUCCGAUGACAAUGACUUUGAAUGAUUGAUCACUAGCGGUUGGACAAUCAGGUGAAACUGAUUUCCUUAAAUUCUUGAUUUUGUAGAUUUUGUUGGGCAUUUUGGAGAUGGUUUUUGUACACAGGUUUUUUCAUUUUGAAAAUGGAGCUCAGUAUCGACACAGUUUAUUGCUUUUGACUAUAUAGUUUUUGUAGAGCUCGUUUGUAAUUUGUAAACACAGUUUAGUUCCCUGUUUACAAGCUUUAUUUUGUAUCUGAAUCAGAAUAUUUGGUAAUUCCAUCUCAAGAAAAUCAAGAUGGUAUGUUUUUAAUAGUUUUGAAGCUAUUUUUCCUUAUGUUA